GCGGAGGUGGGAGGGGAAUGGGAAGCGCGAGGGUUCACCGGCUGCAGCUCAGAGCGCGGAGGAGGGAGGGAGCGGAGGUUGGGCGCCUUGGAGCGCAGAAUGGAAACAGACUGUAGUCACAUGGAGCUUAGCAGUAACACAGAAAUUGAAGAAGAUUCUGAAUUUCAAGAUUUUGAAAGAACAGACGUAAAAGACAUGAGACUAGAAGCUGAAGCUGUUGUGAAUGAUGUUCUUUUUGCUGUUAGCAACAUGUUUGUCUCCAAAAGCCUUCCUUGUUCAGAUGAUGUUGCAUAUAUCAACGUGGAAACAAGAGAAAGGAAUAAAUACUGCCUGGAGCUCUCAGAAGCAGGGCUUAGGGUGGUGGGUUAUGCUUUUGACCAGGUGGAUGAUAAUAUACAAACUCCCUACCAUGAGACAAUAUACUCCUUGUUGGAUACCCUUAGUCCAGCAUACCGAGAAGCAUUUGGAAAUGCACUCCUACGAAGACUGGAAGCUUUGAAACAGGAUGGACAGUCAUAAUUUAUUCUACAUUAUAAACUUAUUUUCUGUUAGGCUUGCUGCUGGAAACUUUUUAAAUUUACAACCUAGAUUCUUGCUAAUGAAAUAUGAAACCAUUUUUUGUUUUGUUUUUCAGCAUAACUGCUUGCUUCAGAUAUAGGCUUCUCACUCCAAGCAGUAUUAAUAAUAAACUGUUCUUGUUACUUUUCUUCCACCUAGGGAAUUUGGUAGCCCUUGAUUUGUGAUAUAGAUCAUGAAUAUGUUUAGAUUUCUUUGGAAUACUACUUAUGCCGUUUGGGGGGAAAAAACCAGUAUUUUCCUAUAAAAAAGCAGGGCUUUACUGCAUCUAGUACUACAUAUGGAAUUCUAGGCUUGCCUAAUAAAAUUGGCAUUCUAAUUAAUUCUCUACAAUUUUAAUCCAGCUUGCUAAAUCAGGGGUUCAAUAUUAGCUUGGACUGAAUUUGUAGUGAUUAUUUUGCUACUGGCCUUACAGGGAACAAAUUAUCAACUAGUUUCCCCUGCACAAACUUUUAAAUUGCUUGAACUAUUUAUACUAGUGCGGAUUGAUAAAAAUGAACUACUUGUAUAUAAUUUAUCUAGUAUUAUUGUGCUAAAUGACACAGGGAUUAGAAUAGUUUUAUGUAUCCUAUUUGCAACAGUCAGCCAGCUAAAUAAAGGAUAAACCUUUAGCCUAUGAAUGUAAAAAUUACUAUCUAAUCUCCAAGAUACCGAAGCACAGAAUAUAAAAAUAGGCUCCAUCUUUUUUUCUUAAUAAAGAACAUCAUAAAGUUGCAUUGUUAAAGAGAUGUUAUAAUCUGUUUUCCUAGGAAACGAUAUUUUGGCCCAUGUUGAUUCUUAUUUUUCUGAAUGUUUGUUUACAUAAUGUACAGUGUUUAUAUAUUCAAAAGUAUUUUUGCUUCAAUGUUUACUUUAUAAAAUGUAGUCCUUUGGUAUCCUGUCAUGCGUCCCUCUUUCCCUUCAAAUGUACAGUGUUUUGUCUCAAUGCUAAAUCUGCAAUGUAAUAAUGCAUUGUAUGGGUUUGAAACCAAAGGACAUAUGAAGCAUUCAAAGACUAAUAUUUGGAAAAAGGAUACUCUGUAUUUUGUAUUUUAUUACAAGUACUAAUAUUUGUAAAUUUAUUUAACUGAAUCAUGCUGCUAUGUGUUUUCAGGUAUAUGUUGGAUGGGAACAAUGUUGGAUUGGUUUUUCAAUAAUCAGCUAGCACCAUAGUAGAAAUAAAAUUCAAUACCUGGAUAUGCUUCCUAAGUCUACUGAAUUUACAAAAUGUUAUUUUUUGUUUAAUAAUAAAAGAUAUUCAUUUUUGUUCUGACUAAAUAUUAAUUUGCAUAGGCCAGAGCAAACUAAACAUUCAUUUGAAUUUUGUAGUCAAACGUCCUUGGAAUGCUUUUGUUAAAUUUCAGAAGAUGCAUAUUUGUAGCUUUGUUUUCAAUGCUUAACAGUAAAAACAACUUGCAUUUGCAUUAAAUUUUCUCAUGCUCAUUUUCAGGCUAACUAUAAAAAAAAUCUGUUAAGUCAA